ACAAAGAGAGUUCCACUGCCACUCUCGAUUUUCUAUAUAUAUAAAACAAGCUCACAGCACUAACUGGCAUUGCGUUACGUUUCCUUGUUCGAAUCAAAAAGCCAAAAAAAUAAAAAAAGGUUUUCUUUCGAUCACACUCUCUACCAUGGGUUUGAAGGAGGAUUUUGAGGAGCACGCAGAGAAAGCUAAGACCCUUCCAGAAAAUACUACGAACGAGAACAAACUUAUUUUGUAUGGCCUUUACAAGCAAGCCACCGUUGGACCAGUCAAUACCAGCCGUCCUGGAAUGUUCAACAUGAGAGACAGAGCAAAGUGGGACGCAUGGAAAGCCGUUGAAGGGAAAUCUAAGGAGGAAGCAAUGAGUGACUAUAUCACUAAAGUCAAACAGCUGCUGGAGGAAGCUGCUGCUUCUGCUUAGUGUAUCGACCAUUUAUCCUGUUGCUCCAUUGUGUUUGCAAAUGUUAAAAUCAGUUUAAUAAUUCCGUGGAGUGUAAUGUGAUGUUACUGUGUUUCUUCUAAAUUAAUUACAUACUUGUGGAACUAAUUAGUUUCU